AUGACGAGUCCCACGCAGCAACAACAAGACCACAAGGUUCACCAGGUCGGCUUAGAUGAGCUACAUGAAGAAUUGGACACCACACCUGUGCACGCCGCAGCCCGCACGGGUUGCUUUGAAGAUCUCCGUGAGAUUCUACUAGCUGACGCCACGCAGGUCAUGGCACUCGACAAGUACGGAUUGACGCCUCUGCAUUGGGCGUGUGACCGUGGAGAGGCUGCAAUAGCCCGUUUCUUACUGCAACACGGCGCAGAUGUCAACGCUGUAGAGCAACGAAUGUUCAAGCGACGACCGCUGCAUUUUGCUGUCCUGGCGACUUCCGAGGCGACGGUACUCGAACUUUUAGCGUACCACGCUAAUGUACUGGUCGUGGACUACCGCGGAUGGGCGCCGAUCCAUGGAGCAGCUUAUAAUGGACAUGUGGGCUCCUUAACAGCAUUAUUGGACGCUGGAGCGAGCGUCGUCACGCAGUUGACGAAGCGGCAUGAGACGGCGUUGCACGUCGCUGCUAGUCAAGGAAACAUAGAGGCCAUUCAGCUGUUAUUGAAGCAUAAUUCUGACGAUCGAAACCUGUUGGGAAUAAAAGAUGGAGAUCAUUUCACAGCGGAAGAGGUGGCCGCUCGCAGUGGAUUCGAGGAUAUUGCGCGUCUGCUAGGCAUGCAACGCUAA